GUGCUGUCAAAUUGUGCAAGAUUUGUUGUUGUUUUAUGGAAAAAACAAAAUAAUUUGCUUUUCUCAGGCAAAACUCAAAAAAAUAUAUCAUGCAGUUUGAUUAAGCAGCCCUAAAUGUUCCAUAACAUACAAGCAGCAAAUAAAUAUUAACCAUUCAACAGAACUAACCAUGGCCGAAGACGAUGAGUUCUGUAACAUAUGUUCUCUGCCCCCUGAAAUUAUUCUCUAUAUUUUCAAGUAUUUAUCAGCGAAGGAUUUGACUAAAUGCCGCCAAGUAUGUUCCUGGUUCAAGCACAUAGUGGACGGGCUUACUAAAAGUGACGCUUUUUGGAGAAAACACUGCCAAACCGAUUUCAAUAAGGUGUAUAGAAUAGCUCGCGAGAAAGCUCGCGCUGGGGUGCUAUGGUUCCACAUUUACCGUUCUUUGACCCUCUGGCCCAAGCUAGAGUCCUCAAGAGAAAUCCGAGAUGAGUUUGCCGCCGCUUCGAAAGUCAGCGACGAAAUAAGAGGCUUCGAAAUCCUGCGCGACGGUAUAAUCGGUGUUCACAAACGAGGAACUAUUUGUUACUAUGAUAUCGAAACUUUGGAAGUCUGCAAACGUGGAGUAAUUACCGGCAACUAUCUCCGAUACACAGAAAAUCAUGAUACCAUUGUGAUCCUGAGCUAUCACCUCCAGUUGUAUAUAAUACGUAAGCUAAUAUACAAUCCGCACUACGAAACCAAUGUUACGUUUGAUAAUGUCAAAACAUUCAUUCUAGUGGACAGACAUGUGUACUAUGUGAAUUUAAAAGAUGAGAUUUUCGUUUGUAAUCUUGAAAAUGGCGAUCUGACUACUAGAUACAUGAAUAAGUCCGAAGAUGGUGUCAUAUGCUUGGGGUUUACGAAAAAUUUAAAUGUGCUGACAUUUCAACGUGUCAUCCACUCUGUUGUUGGUGACAAUUUAGUGUACUCCUGUACACUUGGAGCGAAUUCCAACUUACUACAUCAGUUGCAAGAAUAUAAUUUGUUAGGUGAGUUGGAUUGGAGAAUUUAUUUCCAGUGGAUGUAUGUGCUCAACCACUCAGUGCCUGAAGGACCAUUGAGAGAUAUAAUAACAAUACGAGCAUACGGAGACGUUUUCUUUGUGGGAUCCAACUGGGGAGUGCUUCGAAUCUACUAUGCACCGUAUUCUGAAGGUGAAUUUGAUAUUUUUAACGCUGAACCGAUAAAGCAAUACAACUUUAUGGAACGUUGUGACUGUCCAGUGUUGAGCAUGUGUCCAAUAUUACAAGUAGAUGUACUAGAAGGUGAGGAAGGCCACACUGUUAUCGUAGCUAUGCCAAAAAAGAUUGCAGUUCUCAAUUUUGUUCAUAAUUUCAAGAGAUCUGCCUCAGUUGCUAUGCUGCCAUAUGCAGAUAUACAGAAAGUCAAAAUAUUAAAAAUCCAAGAAUGA